CAUCGUUCAAAAGGUGCGGCAGCAUCCAAAAUUGAUUAAAAGUGAGCGAAACAAGAUAAAAUAAUUCAUGAUCAUAUUCAAAAGGAAUAUCGCUGCGCAAAAACAAAUCUAGAUUCAGUCUGACGGCCGAUGGCCACAUUUGAAGACGUGUCGCAGAAAAAUCCAGAUAACCCAAACUUAUAAACACUUGCAGCUAACAGUCAAGGUCAAAACAUCAACAUGCCACACCAUCGAAACGAGAUUAUAAAAGAAUCACAAUCAUGUUGCCAGCGUCGAACAUUGCUGGAGAAAAUACUGAUUGGAAUUGUUAUCUUAGCCGCGAUCACCAUUUUCGCACUCUGUCUAUCGCUCUACGUGGUGAACAUGCAAAAAGAAGAUUACAAUAAAAAAGCACAAGCUGAAGCAUUACGAAGGUUUCGUUCAACAGAACAGUCCGGUGGAAAUGUACAGGGAUUUUAUCCAAAAACUGAACCAGUCACGCAAUGGCGAGAUGGACAAGCGGAACCCGAACAACUUCAAAAAGAUAACUUCCAACCACAAUUAGACUCUAGAUCCGAUGUACAGUCAGCUGAGUCAAACAGUGCAGAUGCACAUCCAGCUCAAUCGCAAAGAUUACCAUCUGUUAUUGGCGGGGAAGAUGCAUCACAACAAAAACCGGCACCGAUGUGCGAAUCACGGGGUUGCGUUCAGGCUGCAUCGAAUAUGCUCAGCCAACUUGAUUCGGCGAUAGACCCUUGUGAAAAUUUCUAUGAGUUUGCCUGUGGCAAUUUCAUCAAAGAAACUAUGGUGCCAGAAGAUAAGGUGUCCCUUGACCCAUUUGAUAGAGUUCGUGACUUGUUAAAUGAUCAAUUGAAAACAAUUAUAAAUGAAGCACCACAGCCACAUGAAGCAAAACCAUUUAAAUUGGCCAAAAACUUUAAUGUGGCAUGUUUGAAUACAACGAACAUCGAGGCACAAGGCAUUAAACCAUUAGCUGACAUUUUAGAAUCGUAUGGCGGAUGGCCGGUGGUCAAAGGUGAUUCAUGGUCGGACACAACAUGGGAUUGGGUUCAAACAAUCAGAAGAUUCAGACGCAUGGGAUUGUCUACAUCGAUGAUCUUCCUCCUCAAUAUGAAUGUUGAUUUGAAAAAUUCAAAACAACGCCAAUUAUAUAUUGACCAACCUGAGUUGGAAUUGGGCCGAGAAUAUUUGCUGAAAGGAUUUGAAGAAAAAGCAGUUGUAGCUUAUCACAAAUUUAUGGUUGACAAUGCUGUUGUAUUCGGUGCAGAUAAAAACCGAGCCGAAGAAGAAAUGAAAGAAGUGGUUGAACUUGAAAUUAAACUUGCGAUGAUUUCACUUCCACGUGAAGAACGUCGUAAUGCCAGUGCAUUAUAUCAUCCAACAUCAAUUAAAGAAUUACAAGAAAAAUAUCCAUAUUUGCAAUGGUUGGACUACAUAAAUUCAUUGAUGCCAAGCACAUUACAAGUUGAUGAGAAUGAGGUUUUAAGUGAUACAGUGCCGACAUUCUUCGAAAAAUUGGGCGAUGUUCUGAGCUCAACGCCAAAACGUACAAUGGCAAAUUACUUCAUAUGGCGUAUAAUUUUAGCAACAUCUGGAGCAACUACAAACGAAUUAUUUAAACAUAAAGUACAAUUUUAUAAAACCGUGUACGGUUUGCAAAGCGAACAGCCACGUUGGAAAGACUGUAUUCAAAUAACGUCUGAGAGUUUGCCAAUUUCUGUAGGCGCACUCUAUGUAAAAAAAUACUUUAGCGAUGAAUCACGACAGGCCGCCAUUGAAUUGGUGGAUAAUAUUCGCGAAGAGUUCAUUAACAUUUUGCAUGAAAUUACAUGGAUGGAUGAAAGUACACGUGAGGAAGCUAUAAAAAAGGCAAAAGCACUUACACAACAUAUUGGCUACCCCAAUGAAUUGGCCGACAACAAUAAACUUGAAGAAUACUACCAAGAUCUCGAAAUUGAACCCGACAAUUUACUCUUGAAUACGCUACGAAUAAAUGUAUUCAAUGCUGACCACUUAUUUGGUAAACUACGUUUACCUGUCAACAAAACAGAUUGGGAAACUCACAGCAAACCCGCCGAAGUAAAUGCAUAUUAUGCAGCGCUCGAAAACAGCAUUCAGUUCCCAGCUGCAAUCUUGCAAGAUGUAUUUUUCUCAGUGGAUCGACCACGCUACAUGAAUUACGCAGGCAUCGGAAGUAUCAUAGGUCAUGAAAUAACGCACGGUUUUGACGAUCAAGGUCGACAAUUUGACUUGGAUGGAAAUCUUCGCGUUUGGUGGGAUGAAGAAACAAACAAAAAAUUCUUGGAAAAGGCUCAAUGCAUCAUCGAACAAUAUGGAAACUAUACAGAUCUGUCAACAAAUCUUUCGCUGAAUGGCGUCAACACGCAAGGAGAGAAUAUUGCCGAUAAUGGAGGUGCAAAGGAAGCAUACAUUGCUUAUAAUAAAUGGGUGGAACGCAACGAAGCUGAACCAAUAUUACCAGGAUUGAACUCUUACAACCAGAAUCAAUUGUUUUGGAUUUCAUUUGCACAGUCGCGGUGUACGGUUGCACGCGAAGAGUUCACCAAAAAUAAAAUUCUUACAGGUCAACACGCACCCAAUGAGUAUCGUAUCAUCGGUGUUUUGAAUAACAUGCCUGAAUUUGCAUAUGAUUUUAACUGUCCCGAAGGAACAAAAAUGAAUCCAGCCAAAAAAUGUAAAGUUUGGUAAAUCAAAUGACACACGGAUUGUAACAAUCAAUGUUUCAACUAAAAAAAAAAAACAAAUUCGACGAUCCCACGUUGAAUUAAAGUCAUUUUCUGUUAAACUGAAUUAUUGUUUUACUCGAAAUAAAAUCAAUGAAUAUAUUUGUGGUAAAGAUA